AUCCAUAUCCCGCGUUGCAAACAAGCGAAGGAAGCCACAUAGAAAAGGCAGAUAAGUGCGGUCACUUACCGCACGCACUAGCACUGUCUCACUCUCUCACGCACCCUAAUCUUUCAGGUUCGGUGUUUUUGGCACUUCUUUCGCACAUUUUCUGCGGAUCUAAGUUCUCACCAUGAAUCGCCACCACGAUCCCAAUCCAUUCGACGAAGAAGAAGUCAAUCCCUUCUCGAAUGGCACUGCAGCUCCUGCAUCAAAAUCACGCAUUCCACCAUUAGCCUCUGAGCCACUGGGCUUUGGUCAAAGACAUGAUGCUACAGUUGAUAUUCCUUUGGAUACUACAAAUGACUCUAAGAAAAAAGGUCAAGAGCUAGCAGUUUGGGAAGCAGAUUUAAAAAGGAGAGAGAAGGAAAUAAAAAGAAGAGAAGAGGCUGUUGCUCAAGCUGGUGUGCCUGUUGAUGAUAAGAAUUGGCCUCCAUUUUUCCCAAUCAUUCACCAUGAUAUUGCAAAUGAAAUACCAGUUCAUGCUCAGAGGCUGCAAUAUUUGGCAUUUGCAAGUUGGUUAGGAAUUGUUCUCUGCCUAGUUUUUAAUGUAGUUGCUGUGAUUGUCUGUUGGGUCAGAGGCGGCGGUGUUAAAAUUUUUUUCCUUGCGGUUAUUUAUGCUCUACUUGGUGUUCCCCUUUCAUAUGUUCUUUGGUACAGACCCCUGUAUCGUGCUAUGAGGACGGAUAGUGCACUGAAGUUUGGUUGGUUUUUCAUGUUCUAUUUGCUUCAUAUUGCGUUUUGCAUCUUUGCUGCGAUUGCUCCUCCAAUUGUUUUCCACGGGAAAUCAUUGACGGGCAUCCUUGCAGCAAUUGAUGUCUUCUCAGAUCACGUAUUGGUUGGGAUAUUCUAUUUGGUUGGAUUUGGCUUGUUUUGCUUGGAGGCUCUUCUAAGCUUAUGGGUGCUUCAGAAAAUAUACAUGUAUUUCCGGGGGCAUAAGUGAGACUGUUCUCAGGAUUUUGAUCCAACGGCUUUUACAAUGUCAGUCACUUCCCGGUGGCUUAGUAUAUUCUUUCUUUUGUCUAUCUUAUUUUUCCCAUAAAUAUCUUGUGUGAUAUUGAUCGUGUUCUUUGUAGUAAUUGUACCAGGGUUUAGUGUGUACUGUGUAAUGAAUCCUGUGAAAUUUAGUAUCUACUAGUGUAUUUCCAGUGAAGUGCUAGUGUAGUGGUAUUGCAGUUGUGAUAUGUCCCUCAAAAAAACUAAUGGCCCGCCAAAAUUUAUUGUUGAUUCCGAUAAAAAUGGUUAAUGUAGGAAUUAGGAACUAUCCUAAUCUUUCAAUUGAGUUACCGCUUCCGAAGUGAAACUAUGGGUAACGGAGGAAAUGAUGUACUGGAGCAUCCAAAGUUGAGCUGAGUUUAAAUCUUUUUAUUGAUUUCAAAGU